AUGCGACGCUUAUUAUGGAAGAGAAGUCUCUUUCUACAAGAAGCAAGAUUUCUAGUGGUGGGUCCUAAAUGUGGUAUUCCACCUGUGAGCUCUCCACCUGCAUUUGAAAGCAGACGCAGAAAACGGUUAAGGCUUGGUAAUGAGGAAAAUAGUGGAUUAAAGAGAUCAAGUAAUAGUGUAAUAAAAUCGAUGAUGGACGAAAAUGAGGCGAAAUCGAUUUGCUUUGAAAACCAUGGGUUUCUCCAAAAACCUUUAAUAAUAAAUCAUUGGUCAGAAUUUUUGCAGGAACUCCGACGUAUUGAGUUUCGUUGGUCACUAGCUCCUUCUGCGGGUGGUGUUAUUAUCUUAACCAUAUUAGAACACGGUAUUGAUGGUGAAAAAGUCCUAUGUUCUCUUAGAGGGACCUCAGGUUGUGCCCCAAUUGCGGAGUUUUUUGAGUGUUGUGGAAGUUUUAUUCAGGGUUCAUUAAGUAAGUAUGAUACAAGAUUUGUUGAUCUUGAUGGUGGUGAGUUUCUCCUUCGAGUUGUGGCCACGAGAAGGAUUCCUGAAGGUAAUACUCUAGAUUUAAUUGCUGAUAAACCUAUACUUCCUGUAUUAGCUCAAUAUGACUGUCGAGGAACCUCUGUGGAUGUUUCUAUUGUUGAAACUAAAACAGGUGUUCAGACUCUACUUUUUCAAAAUUUGUCAUUACAGACAUUCAAUUAUGCGUUUUUGACUUCUGUUCCUAUUUUUCUUAAACGUACUGAUGUUGGGGUACGUAACGUUGAUUUCGUAUCCAAAGAGCAGAUGCGUCAUUUUCGCUUUGCGUGGUGUUUUCUAAGACGAGAAUCUAUGAUGACAGCAGUUGAUAUGACUGAAUUGGAUAGUUUAUUACCACCCUGA